AUGGAAGAUGCUGAAGUGGUUUGUAAGCAGCUGAGAUGUGGAUCUGCUGUCAGUGCCCAUGACCAGGCUCAUUUUGGAGAAGGAUCUGGACCAACUUGGCUGAUUCUAGCUAAUUGUGAUGGUGACGAGUCAGCUCUCUGGGACUGCAGACAUGAAGGAUGGGGUGCAUUCCAGUGCUCUCAUUCUUUUGAUACUGGAGUGCUCUGCUCAGGUCUCAUUGAGGUCCGGCUGGUUGGAGGGGACACUGCCUGCUCGGGACGUGUUGAAGUCAAACAUGGAAAAGUGUGGGAGACAGUCUGUGAUUCACACCUGGAUUUCAACACUGCUUCUGUUAUCUGCAAUGAAUUAGGGUGUGGACAGGCUGUAGCCACCUUGGGAGCAGCUCACUUUGGAGAAGGACAUGAUCUGAUCUGGAAGGAAGAGUUCCAGUGUGUGGGGAAUGAGUCUCUUCUUCAGAAAUGUCCCAGGAUGUCCCAUCCUAAUGACACAUGCUCCCAUGCUAAUGAUGUCGGUGUAUUGUGUUCAGGGUACUCCGGGUACAGGCUGGCAAACGGCAGCACAGGGUGUUCGGGGAGAGUGGAGCUUCGCCACGGAGGCACCUGGGGAACCCUCUGUGACUCCCACCUCUGUGCCUCCCACUGGGAUUUGCAAGAUGCCAACGUCCUCUGCCAUCAGCUGAACUGUGGCUACGCGGAGUCGAUCCGGGGAGGAGCCCAUUUCGGGGAAGGGAGCGGAACCAUAUGGAGCGACACUUUUCAUUGUGAAGGGACUGAAACCUGCCUGUGGGAUUGUUCUCGCAUGGCCCUGGGCAACCCAGCCUGCUCCCGCCGAGACACGGCCAGGGUUAUUUGCUCAGGUCGUUCUGAGGCGCUCAGACUGUUGUAUGGAGAGAGCCGAUGCAAUGGGACAGUCGAGAUUUUCCUCCAUGGUGUAUGGGGCAGAGUCCUGGAUGACCAGUGGGACAUGAACGAUGCCAGCGUGGUGUGCAGACAGCUCCAGUGCGGAGUCGCUGAGAAAGCUUAUAACCCCCCCAAGUCUGAGCGAGGAAGGGGCCCCGUGGGGCUGAGAAGGGUCCAGUGUGCAGGAAAUGAGACUCGUCUGACUCUCUGUGAUAACUCCGCAUCUGAGACAGCCCAGGCAGGAAUUGCUGAGGACGUCGGUGUCAUUUGCUCAGGGAGCAGGCGGAUCAGACUGGUGAAUGGGACAGGUCGCUGUGCCGGGAGAGUGGAGAUUUAUUACAAUGGCAGCUGGGGGACAGUCUGUGAUGAUUUCUGGGAUCUGUCAGACUCCAAUGUCGUUUGCAAACAAGUGGGAUGUGGACAUGCCAUCAAUGCAACUGUCUCUGCUCAUUAUGGGCAAGGAUCUGGGCAGAUCUGGCUGGAUGAUGUGAACUGCUCUGGGAAUGAAUCCGAUCUCUGGGCGUGUCCUUCCAGGGGCUGGGGACAGCACAACUGCAGACACAAGGAGGAUGCGGGAGUUCUCUGCUCAGAAUUCACGGAUUUGAGGCUGCUGAGUGACAGUGACUGUGCUGGGCGGCUGGAGAUUUUCUACAAUGGGACGUGGGGCAGUGUUUGCUCCAAUGGGAUGUCUGGAGACAUCGCAGCAAUUGUCUGCAAACAGCUGAAGUGUGGGGACGGAGGGCAGAUUGCAAGAGACUUUGCAUAUGGAGAAGGUUCUGGUCCCACAUGGCUGGACCAUGUUGCAUGCAAUAAGCAGCACAGGUCCAUUUGGCAGUGCCCAUCAGACAUGUGGAAACAGCAGUCCUGUGAUAACCGCGCAGAAGAGACCCAUAUUUCUUGCAGUGGACAAAAAGAGAAACCACCUCAGACCCUGUUUGCCGAAUGCCCGAACUCUCCAAGCUGCACAGACCGGGAGAAGUUACGCGUCAUGGGAGGAGAGGACAGAUGCUCGGGGAGAGUGGAGGUUUGGUACCGUGGCUCCUGGGGAACAGUUUGUGAUGACUCCUGGGACAUGGCGGAUGCUAACGUUGUGUGUAAACAACUGGGCUGUGGAUCUGCUGUAUCUGCCCCGGGCAAGGCUGCAUUUGGUGAGGGGACUGGUCCCAUCUGGGUAGAAACGUUGAAUUGCAGAGGGACAGAGUCAUCUCUCUGGGACUGUCCUGCCAAGCCCUGGGGUGAGAGCAACUGUGGUCAUAAGGAAGAUGUUGGAGUGAAUUGCUCAGGUGUGACAGAGAUGGUAGCAUCACUGAGUAGAACAGCUCCCCCGCGCCGUCCUCUGACCAACAGUGGGAGAGUCACAGUGCCCGUGAUCAUCUGCAUUAUCCUGGGUUCCCUGCUCUGCCUGGUCUUAAUCAUUCUGGGUGCACAGGUGCGAAGUGCCAGGGCACAGUACAGAGGCUCCAGAAGAUCCUUGGACCCUUUCUCUGAGGCCGUGUACGAGGAGAUCGAUUAUAACCUGAUGAGAAAGAAGCAGGAAAUGUUUGAUCGCUCAGUCUCCUAUUCAGAUGACUCAGUGACGAAGCUGCAGUAUUACACGGGGGACAGCGAGGGGGAAAACGAUCCUGGAUCAGAACAAGAGGGAGCUUCCCCGGGGGGGUCUCGGUUGGAUUAUGACAACGUGGAGGAGCCUGCCUUGAACAACGUCCCCCAGACUCCAGACGGUCGAGAGGUCCCGGCCCUGCCUGGAGAUGACCCAGGGGACGGUUAUGAUGAUGCCAGAGAAAUUUCUGACCCUGAAGAUGACCCUGGUUCUGGACCGAGAGCCCAGGAAGUCACUGGGGCCCAUGGAGGAAGUGUCAGGAACUGGGAUUCACAGACAGGCUGGAGUCUGCACUCGCUAAGAAGUGAAGGGGCCUCUGGGGCUGAGAGUGACGUCCUCUCCCCACCUCCUUGUGACCCGGGUUAUGAUGAUGUUGGUGAUGGCGUCUCUGGGUCAUCAAUAUAA